GAACAGGAAGAAGGGGCUCCGUUAGCAUCAUCAGUCCGGCGGGAAUCGUCAGUCAGCUGUUUCGUUUUUUGGGACGUUAAAAUGUUUGAAUACAACCGUUGAACUGCGGUCUGCUAGCGGCUAAUCACAAAACACACUGACGCCUCCUCAGUGACAUGAGCAGCUCUGCUCAGAGGAAGAGGAGGACCUCAGGAAGUCCUCUGGUUUCUAGACCCAGUACCAAGACCAGCAGGGCAGCUAACACUAGGAGGACGGCUAGCGCUAACCGAGCAGCUAGCCGGACGGCUAGCUGGGCAUCUGAUGGUGACACCGCCCCCCCCACAGAGACCAUUAAUGUGAUGGACAGCACUGAGGACAGUGUGGAGGAGGUGGUGGAUCUGACCUGUGAGGGAUCAGAAGCUACUGUGGUUGACCUGACGACCAACAACGAUUCAGUACUGCUGUUGGAUGAAGGUCCUGAGAACAGGAGAGUCCCUGCAGGGGAGAGUUAUGUUGUCAGCAGCGAUGAAGAUGAAGACACGCCACCUGUCCUCGGUGCUGCCAGUGUGUCAUCUGCACACACCACCAGGUCGACUCCAGGGACGAUCAGCUGCCCCGUCUGUCUGGACGUGUACUCUGAGAUCGUCGAGAGCGGCCGAUUGGUUGUUGCCACGAGGUGUGGUCACGUGUUCUGCAGUCAGUGCCUGAGAGAUGCUCUGACGUCCUCACACACCUGUCCGACCUGCAGGAAGAAACUCACCUGCCGCCAGUACCACCCCCUCUACAUCUGACAUCCCCACUCUGCUGCGCUCCCAUUGGAUGCUGGUAGAGUCCGAUGGCAGUGACAUCAUCAGAUAUUGUUUGCUGCUGAAACAUUUUGGAUCCUUUUACGUGGAACUUGAGCCGGAGCUGCGUUUUGGUUAAAGAUGAAUAACGAUUGAUGGGUUGAUCCGUUGAAUGAGAUGUAUUGAUUAUAUUUCUGAGUUUAUCUUAAGUUUUCAGCUAUGAUUUGUUUUUGUCUGUUUUAUAUUCAUGUGUAAAAGUAUAAAUAAAUUCUAUUGACUUCAUGGAUCAGUUGUUCUUUUUUCUUUGAUCCAGAUCAGUGUAGUUCAUUUAUCGCAGUCAGAACAAACCUGUUACUUGUACUUGAGUAAAUGUACUCAGUUACUCUGCUGGUGGAAAUGAAUUAAACUGACAGAGAUCCUG